GAGACAGAUGUGCUCACGAGGCGCUGCCAGGGCAUUCUGGUGAAACAAAGUGGUUUGACAGGAUUAUACAUACACAGCUCAUACUGAUCGUCUGUUGAAUAUCUUCUUUAAGGACGGAAAAGUUUUCAUCAGGACGCACCACCUUGUGAUGCUGAACCUCUUGUAAAGUGGGCUUGUAAAGUGUUCCAGAUGUUGACUUAUUCAUAGGAGGCAAGAGUCUAUGCCUCCAUUCCCACCUCUGGAAAGUGAUGAAUUUUGCAUGAUCUGCUUCAGCGUGGCUGACUACGACUACUCAGACUCUUCACUCUUCCACGUGUUGUCUGCAGUGUGAAACAUUCAGCCGCAGAGGAUGGAGAGUGGGACGCUGGAUCAGUCUGCAACCGUGGACGAGCUGGUGGAGGCCUCCAUCAAAGUUUUCGAAGCUGAUGGACCAUCAGGUGACGUUUCUCUCACCAGAAUGUUCCUCAUGAUGCAUUCCUGGUACCUGUCCUCCGCAGACCUGGCUAAAACCCUUUUGGUCAAGUCACAGGAAGCAGAUUGCUCCCCCAGUCGGCAGUUGCAGAUCUGCCAUCUCAUCAAAUAUUGGAUAUCUGAAUUUCCAGCAGAGUUUGAUUUGAACCCAGAGUUGGCCAAUCAGAUCAGAGAAUUCAGAGACCUUCUCACAGCAAAUGAAAAUGACCACCUCAGUCAACUGAUUGACAUUGAGAGCGUACCUUCGUACUCAUGGAGGAGGCAGCUUAGUGACCAAAGCCAGACCCUCUCCAAGAAAAGUAAAACGUCCCUUCUGUUCGAUCACUUGGAAGCCUCCGAGCUCGCAGAGCACUUCACUUAUUUGGAGUACAAAUCCUUCUGUAAGAUCCUGUUCCAGGACUACCACAGCUUUGUGAUGCACGGCUGCACAGUGGAUAACCCCAUCUUGGAGCGCUUCAUCACCCUCUUUAACAGCGUGUCCCAGUGGAUCCAGCUGAUGGUGUUAAGCAAGCCAACGGCCCCGCAGAGAGCAGCGGUUAUUUCUCAUUUCAUCAAAGUGGCCAAGGAGCUGCUGUAUCUGCAGAACUUUAACACAUUAAUGGCGGUGGUGGGCGGACUGAGCCAUAGCUCCAUCUCUCGUCUCAAAGACACCCAGGCUCUCAUUAGCAGUGAGGACCGCAAGGUUUUUAACAGUCUAGUGGAUGUGGUGACAUCCAGUGGGAACUACAGCCAUUACCGCCAACGCUUCUCCGAGUGCGAGGGCUUCCGUUUCCCCAUCCUAGGUGUCCACCUGAAGGACCUGAUCGCCGUGCACGUGGCCCUGCCGGACUGGGUCGACCGCGCAAAGAGCCAGGUCAACCUGGUCAAGACCCAGCAGCUCUACAGCAUCCUCCAGGAGCUGGCUCUGAUCCAGACCACCCCGCCGAGCAUCACGGAGAGGAAGGACCUCCUCAACCUGCUCAUGGUGUCACUAACUCAAUAUCACACAGAGGAGGACAUCUAUCAGCUUUCGCUGCAGAGAGAGCCUCGUAAAGCUGGACGAUCAAUGUCCGUCUCUAGUGCGCCGACCCAGACCCCUGUCAUUGAGGAAUGGUCCACUGUUAAAUCAAAAGCUGAUCCUGCCCUAACAGGCAAACAUAUAGAGAAGAUGGUGGAGUCAGUGUUCAAGAACUUUGACACAGAUGGAGAUGGACAUAUUUCUCAGCAGGAAUUUGAGAGCAUCAAACACAACUUUCCCUUCCUCAACAAGUUUGAUGAUGUGGACAAAAACGAAGACGGGAUGAUUAGCCCAGAGGAGAUGAUUGAGUACUUUAACAAAGCCAUUUCCCAGCUGAGUGGCAAGAUGGGCUUCGUCCACACAUUUGUGGAGGUUCACAGCAUCAAGCCCACUCGCUGCGACCACUGUUCAGGCGUGAUCUGGGGACCUUACAAACAAAGAUACAAAUGUAAAGUUUGUGGUGUGAACUGUCACAAGGCCUGCCAAAACAGCCUGGCUGUUGAAUGUCGUAAGCGGACGAUGUCUGUAAGCUUUGAGGAGUUUGCUUGUCCACGAACACGUUCCUUAAGUUUUCCUCCCCCUCUUGCGUCUCAGCAACCUGGGCGUGGUUCAGUAAUUCUAGAGCAAUCUCGGGGGGAAGACGUGUUUGACACCCACCUUUGAUGAGCCACCACACGAGAGAAGAUCACAUCACUGGAGGUUAUUAAUGAGUGUAAUUAUCAAGACUCCUAUUUAAAAAUGUAUUAAUUGUGCAGCCAAGAGAGAAAAGUCAGUUUGUAUCUUUUUUUUUAUUGUUGUUGUUAUUGUUGUUGUUAUUGUAGGUUAGGCAAUAUUGUUUGUAUUAUUCAACUCUUCAGGGCUUGUUGUCUGGCUUCCAGAAGCAGUUAAGGGGAAGCUCAGCAAAAUGUCUCUGCUGGUGUGCAAAGGAAAUGACAGACAACAUGGAGAGGCUUGGAAUAUUUUCGAUAUUUUUUGAACCCCUGUUGGUUUUCUUAUCACAAACCCUGGCUCACUGAGUUUUGCUAAACCUGUUUGCAAUGAUAAAUGUGAGUGAAUUCCUGCCAGUAUCAGAACUUUACAUGGAUGUGGCAUUUGUGUGUGUGUGUGUGUGUGUGUGUGUGUGUGUGUGUGUGUGUUUUGUUUUAUCACCAUGGCAUUGAAAAGGUCAUUUAUUAAUACAAAAUGUGCCUCAUUCCUGAAAAAAGCGUCCCGUUUUGCCUCCUGUUUCCCACAGUAUUACAGAAAAGUCAAGAUGAUGUGCCACAUAAACAGAAUAAACAAUGUAGAAAUUGCAGAUUCGGUGAGACUUCAUUGUUGAAUGAGAUCUGCUACAUGUAGGGGCAGCCGUGGCCCACUGGUUAGCACUAGGGGCAGCCGUGGCCCACUGGUUAGCACUCUGGACUUG